CCGUGUUCCCAUUUUGCUUCCACUACUUUUCAGCCUCUGGUACACAAUUCUUCAGCACUACUCUGGCCUUUCUUUAAGCAGCUGCAAUCAUCUUGGCCAAUUGCCAGCGAUUCCCACCAUUUAAAACUACAGCAGUAGAAAAUCCAACAUCACCAUGAAGUUCUCAGUUGCUGCUGUUGCGGCGACCAUUUUCUUUUCGUCGGCAUCGGCUUUCGCACCGUCCAGUUUGAAGCAAUCACUUUCGACAAAGAUCUUCAGCACCGCCGAGGAGACAAUUACCAAGGGUCCCAUCAUCGUCGACAAACCAACUGGUACUUCGUUUCUCCCGGAGGAUACCGUCGCACGUUGCGAAAAGGGUAAUCCCACUGAGAAAGUAAAGUUAGCAAAAGAUCCCAUCAACGCUUGGGUUGACAUCUAUGAGUAUGCACGAAAAAUCCGUGAGGGAGAAAUGACAUGGGAAGAUGUAGAAAAGGCUGAUCUUGACACUGUGAGUAAGGCAUUGGAGUUGUCGAAGAUAAAUGGAGGAAAUGGAUCGCAUCGAAUGCAGUCGCCUUGUAUAGUUGCAUGGCGAUGACGUGUAAAAAUUUUUUUCUGCGAUUUUCUUUUAUUUUAGACGCGAAACAAAGAGAAGAAAAGCUCACAAAUACGUUCCGUUCCACCUUGGAUUUUCUUCGUCAUAUUUCUAUUCGCAUCAUAUAGCGGGUGAAAUACGUCGGUAUGCUUCACCGAAACAAGCGUACCCCUGGGCAAUUUAUGAUGCGUCUGAAGGUCCCGAAUGGCAUUGUCAAUUCCGAUCUUUUAAGAUUUUACGCCAAGAGCGUUGAGAAAUACGGAGAUGGCGGUGUCGUUGACAUUACGACCCGUGCCAACAUCCAGCUCCGUGGAGUAAAAAUCGAAGACGCACCUGAUAUCAUCGACGGACUUCACGCUCGAAACCAAACAUCCUUCCAGUCCGCUUUGGACAGUGUCAGAAAUAUGGUGGGCAGUCCAUUGGCCGGAAUUGACGAUCAAGAAAUGGUUGACACUCGGGAACUUUGCAAUGCCCUCAACGAUUUAGUGAGUCUCGAUCCAGUGACAAACACCCGAGGAAAUCCCAUGUGGGCCAACCUUCCUCGAAAAUUCAACAUUGCCAUCAGUGGAAGUCGGGAUGAUUUUGCCCACACGCACAUCAAUGAUUUGGGACUUCAGUGAGUAACAAAUAUCGUAUAGUGUUUUUUCUACUUGCGUAAACUGUCUUCAUGUUUUCUGUUGUGAGGAUGUGGACAAAGAGCCUACAUCAAUUUCUUAUACAAUUUUUGUUCGACACAUUCAGGCCUUGCCCCCAUGCCGAGACUGGUGAGAUGGGAUUCAACGUUGUCCUCGGUGGUUACAUGUCAAUCAAACGUGUCGCGGAAUCGAUUGACUCAAACAUGUGGAUCAAGGCCGAUCGAAACUCUGUAGUUACGUUUGCCGAAGCAAUUCUUCGAAUUUUCCGUGAUGAAUCAGAACGAAAGAACAGACAGCAGGCCCGACUCAUGUGGUUGGUAGAAAAAUAUGGACCGGAAGAUUUCAAGAAAGCCAUUAUCGCAGAAGUCGAAAGCUACGACAGAGGUGUUGAGAUUUUGGAUCAGCAACCAAGACCCACAGAUAAAUUUGAACGCCGUGAGCUCCUUGGUGUGCACCCUCAAAAACAAGAUGGAAAGGUUCGUAUUGGAGUACUAGUUCCAACAGGUAGACUCAAUCCUGAAGAAUGUCGCCAACUGGCGGACGUUGCCGAAAAGUAUUCGGAUGGUGAAGUUCGUCUUACUGUUGAACAAAAUGUUAUUUUCCCAAACAUCGAUGAGUCCGACGUGGAAGAAUUCAAGAAAGAAGCAUGCUUUAAUGGUGACAGUCGUUUCAAGGUGAACCCUGGUUUCAUCGAAGGUAAUGUUGUUAGUUGCACAGGUGCAGAAUUCUGCGGCCUAGCUUUGAUUGAAACGAAGCAACACGCCGAAGACAUCUCGAAGAAAUUGGAGUCAUUGGUCACAGUAGAUCGUCCAAUUCGAAUCCACUGGACAGGCUGUCCGAAUUCGUGUGGACAAGUCCAAGCAGCUGAUAUCGGUAUUAUGGGAGGUCCAGCAAGAAAGGAAGUCGAUGGGAAAAAGAUGGCAGUCCCAGGUUGCAAAAUUUUUGUUGGAGGUCGCAUCGGUGAAGACGCCCAUUUGGCUAUGGAACCAGUAAAAAGUGGGAUUCCCCUUGAUGAAGCAGACCUUCUACCUGCUUUGGUAGAAAUCUUGAAGACAGAGUUUGGAGCUGUUGAAAAAUAGGGAAGCAAAACGAAGGAUAGCUAGAUACCUGUGACAUAAAAUACAAUUUUUUAU